CACGGCCCGCGGCAGCAAGCGCGGCCGCCGGGCUGGCCCCGGCUUCCUGGAGCCAAAUGGCUCCUGCUGGCCUGCUCGGUGUCUGCGGCCUGCUCUGCGCCUGGGCAGCGGCGGUGGCGGGACACCCCUGCAGCCUUGACCUCCAGGGAUGGGCCAACUGCAAUGGGAAGAAUCUUCUGUACGCUCCGAGCUCCCUUCCAAGAAAUAUCACUGGCUUGGACCUCUCCUUCAACAGCUUGGUUAUGCCUCGUCACGGGACACUUUUAAUGUAUUUCCCUUCCCUGCACUCCCUCAACCUCUCCGGCAAUGCGCUGCUCACACUGAGCCCCGCUGUCUUCUCCAACCUGGGGGCACUACGGCUGCUGGACGUGAGCAGCUGCAGCAUCACCCAUCUCCACACAGACACUUUCAAGGGCUUGGAAAGCUUGCACACGCUGCUCCUAAGAAACAACAGUCUGCAAGAGCUGGAGGUCCCAUUCUUCCUGCCGCUGAGAGGUCUUCUCCACCUGGACCUGCGGAGCAAUGAGCUGCUGUCCGUGGAUGCUUUGACGCUGCAGCUGAUGGAGGCUGUCCCUGAGGUCCAGCUGGACGGGAACCCCUGGGUCUGUGACUGUGCUGCUCACCCCUUGCAGCAGUGGCUAAAGCACAGACAAGCCAUGCAGGUCACCUGCGCAUCACCCCCAGAGCUGUGGGGACAGGACAUCGCAGCUCUGGACUCCCAGGACCUGGGCUGCCAAAAAAAGCAGCGGUUUCCUCGGGAUGUCAGCCCGGGGCAGCUGACCACAGCCACCCACAAUGACACCACCACGGUGCCUGUGGGGAAGGGAGGAAGGAGCUGGCCAUACCUCGUGGGCUUCCUGGUGACAGCCAUCAGCAUCUCCAUCCUGGUGGCGCUGGUCGCCAAGUGCAAGCUCUGCCACAAGAACUUUGUCAGCUACCACCACCGGCCGCUGCCUGAAACCAGCUCGAUAGGAGGCAACCCCUUGGAGGAGGGCCUGGGCUGGGACAGGGGCUCCUCAGGCUGGGGUGACGGCGAGAGCCACCCCAUACCCAGUGUCACUGGCCUGCAAGCUGAGGAUGACGACGGCUUCAUCGAGGACAACUACAUCCAGCCCAGCGAGCAGAUGCAGGAGGAGGAGGAGGAGGAGGAGGAGAGGGAGUCACACCUCUCCAUCUGAGGCUGCAGCCCCUCUCCAUCCCCAUGCCCCCAUCUCCUUCCUGCCUUUUCCACUCGCCCUUGGCUUUUGUUGCCAUGUGGAGGGGAGCAGGAGGGAAGGAGUGGGGAGAAGGGGUCCCUGUGCCCCAGUGUGAUGCCAGGGGGGCUGCAGCGGUUUGGAGACACCAGGCGCACUGCUGCCCUCCCAGUCCUGCUCGGGUGCUGAGGAGGAGCAGGACCGUGCUGGUCGCAGCUGGAUGAGGAGGAUUAAAAUGUGAUUAAAGAAUGAUUCAACACUG